GCAAAGUCGUGCAUUUGUCACAUGUGUGGUGCCCACCUGAAUAGACUCCACUCUUGCCUCUACUGUGUCUUCUUUGGCUGUUUUACAAAGAAACAUAUUCACGAGCACGCGAAGACAAAGCGACACAAUUUAGCCAUAGACCUUUUGUAUGGGGGUAUAUACUGCUUUAUGUGUCAAGAUUACAUAUACGACAAAGACAUGGAACAAAUUGCCAAAGAAGAACAACGAAAAGCUUGGAAAUUACAAGCCUUCACCCCAACAGUGGUUUCUCACUACCAGUGUACAAUGACAGGCAUUGGAGAGAAGUAUUCAACAUGGGAGCCGACCAAGAGAGAGUUAGAAUUGCUACGACACAACCCCAAGCGAAGAAAAAUAACCACAAACUGCACCAUAGGUCUACGAGGGCUAAUCAAUCUUGGGAACACAUGUUUUAUGAACUGUAUUGUCCAGGCACUUACCCACACUCCACUGCUGCGAGAUUUCUUCCUCUCCGACAGGCACAAAUGUGAAAUGCAAAGCCCCAGCUCAUGUCUGGUCUGUGAAAUGUCUACGCUCUUUCAGGAGUUUUACUCUGGGCACCGAUCUCCUCACAUUCCAUAUAGGUUAUUGCACCUGGUAUGGACUCACGCACGGCAUUUAGCAGGGUACGAGCAACAAGAUGCACACGAGUUCCUCAUUGCUGCAUUAGAUGUGCUACACAGACACUGCAAAGGUGAUGAUAAUGGGAAGAAGGCCAACAACCCCAACCACUGUAACUGCAUCAUAGACCAAAUCUUCACAGGCGGACUGCAGUCGGAUGUUACCUGUCAAGUCUGCCAUGGUGUUUCCACGACGAUAGACCCGUUCUGGGACAUCAGUUUGGACCUGCCAGGCUCUUCCACCCCGUUCUGGCCGCUGAGUCCGGGCAGCGAUGGCAGCGUCGUCAAUGGGGAAAGCCACGUGUCGGGCACCACCACCCUCACAGACUGCUUGAGAAGGUUUACAAGGCCAGAACAUCUAGGAAGCAGUGCCAAAAUCAAAUGUAGUGGUUGCCAUAGCUACCAAGAAUCUACCAAACAACUCACUAUGAAGAAGUUACCCAUUGUGGCCUGUUUUCAUCUCAAACGGUUUGAACACUCAGCCAAACUGAGGCGGAAGAUCACUACGUAUGUCUCGUUUCCACUGGAGCUGGACAUGACACCCUUCAUGGCUUCCAGUAAAGAGAGCAGAAUGAACGGGCAGUACCAGCAGCCGACGGAUAGUCUAAACAAUGAUAAUAAGUAUUCCUUGUUUGCAGUAGUUAAUCACCAGGGAACCUUGGAGAGUGGGCACUAUACCAGCUUCAUCCGGCAGCACAAGGACCAGUGGUUCAAGUGUGAUGAUGCCAUUAUCACCAAGGCAAGCAUUAAGGAUGUGCUAGACAGUGAAGGAUAUUUGCUGUUCUAUCACAAACAGUUCCUGGAGUAUGAAUAGCCUUAUCCAGCAGCUUGUCAGAUGUAAACAAGGAAGAAAUAACACAAGCCUUCUGAAUCGACACACAAACCUACCUGAAAUGAAAAGACCCAUUACAAACCAACUCGCACUGAGCUGUAACAGGACCUACUUGACACUGACUCAUAGCCUGGAGAGUGAGAAAUGAACAAUGUCCAACGUGUGUGCAGUCCCACGAGGACAGAAAGGGGGAAAAGAGGCUGCAGUCAGUCACUUAACAGAGGAAAUAUAAAAUGAAAGGAAUGCUCUGGGUGGGGGAAAUGGGAGCAGAGGAGUCCGGGCACUGGUACAUCUCCUGUGUUCCUCCAAAAUGUGUGUGGGAAGGCAAAGGAUUCUACCCUCAUCUCCAUAAAGCAUCUUCUCCAUUCGGUGCUUCAGCUCCAACGACCAAUCAUAUAACAGUUAAAAGUAAAAAUCCAAACCCAUUUUUUUAUGCAUAUGGGUCUGAAAGCAGUAGAGUGGAGGAGGAGGGGAUGAGACAACUAAAGGACUUUGCAAGUAUCUUUUUAUUUGUGAAUUUUAGUUAUUAAAUAAAUACAGUAUGAAACUAUUAGGCUCUUUUUUUUCCAACAACCAUAAAAGAAAUCCUGGAUUGUGGAACUGAAGCUGCAGUACUCAGACAGGUUUUCAAGCAUGCCUGCUUGCACAGGUAAUGUUCAAUGCCAUCGGACUGCUCAUCCAAAAGUAUCAGCACAGAUUCUGUUGUUUGAGCCCUUUUUUUGUUUUGUUUUCUAUAAAUAGCUAUUUUCUUAAUUUUUUUCCUUUUAUUCCCUUUUUUCACGAGAAUGAAAUUCAUAAAUGCAACCAUCAGUAAAAAUGAAUGAAUUGGCGUGUUUAUACUGUAAGAGUGGUCUUGGUUC